UGGCUGCAGGAGCAAGCUAGGGAACAGCCUCCCAUUUCCAUAAAGUGGGCUUUAAGCCCCAACAUCUCGGUGAGUACUAAAACACACCAGAAGAACAGUUUUCCCUGGGAACGCUUAAGGAAAACUGCCUUCGUGGACCCAGAUACAUGGUGUUUCCCCUGCCAGGGGUGGCACCUGGGUCGGGGGCAGGAUAGGGAAAUGCAGAGGAAAAUCUAGUUUCUUAGGCUGAUGCCAGGUGAGCCCCCCUGAGCCCCCCACGCACCCCUAGAGAACUUGCUUCCUCCCCUCCCCUCCCAGGUGCAUGGUACAACCGGGACCCCAUGACCCCCGUCUGUCCCCACUGACCUCUCCCCGGUCCGUGCGGGGCUGGCAGAGCCCACCCCCAGCCUCAGCCUGCAGUAUGUUUGGGCUCAAAGCCAAGUUCAUCAUGUUGAUUCCUGGUGUUUACAGUAAAUUCCCCUCUGGGUAAGAGGCUGCCCUGGGAGCUGGGCGCUGCAGGCAGCUCAGGCUGGGGGUUGCCCUGGGUGGGGUGUGGCCUGGUAUCUCUUCUACCCCGUACCCACAUGCAUCAGGACCUAGCGCCCCAGCUCUGCCAGGGCUCGUCAGAGGAAAGAAAGUACCUUUAAAAUUACCCCUCCUGGAGCUUUUGCAGCUAGUGAGGGCCCUGGAGGCUCAGCUAUCCCAUAGUGCAGUGCUCUGCGUGGCCCCUGGGCAUGCAGUCCUGGCUGCUGUCUGUCCUGAGGCUAGCUGGGGAAUGGCAGCAUGAUGUACCAGCAUCUCUGCCAGCCUCCGCACCGGUCUGCACGCUGCAUGGGUCAGCACCUGGCACGGAGCUGGAUCCCACCGGGGUCCCCUAGCCCAGUGCGCUGGCCGGCAGAGCAGCAAUGUACCCCAAAGACGAAAGCAAGGCGCAUGUUUCCUUUCCACGCAUGCCCACAGGGGCUGCAGUUUCGGGCAGGCUUUGCACUCCUGGGUCCUUGUGACAUCGGUGUCUAAAACCCUGGGACAAUGUGCCAAGGAAGCUGCCAGGAACACUCUGUUUUUGUGCACAGUGCCGGCUUCGCAAGCACGCCGAUGUUGCGACACUGGCAUGGCCGUGGGAGGCGAUGAGAGUCCCUGUGUAAACAGAGGCCACAUGAGCCGGACGGGGGCCAGGAAGUGCCAGCAGGGGCUGCCAGAUGGGGUCUGGCAGUGUUGGGAGGCAGGGGUGCAUGCAAGGCAGCUUUGGGGGUGAUAUCCAGGCUGUGGCUGGGAAGGGGUCCAGCGAAAGCUUUUCCAUCCACAAAAUGAUGUUUUGGGGAGUCUUGGAGAGCUGAUUUUUUUCAGUGUCAGAUGCCCUGGUUAUUGGCAGCUUCUGUCUUCUCCAUGAAACAGCUUUGGGAUGACCCUGGCAGGGUCCAAUCCUAGGCUGUGUCUGACCCCCAGGGUGGCUGAGUAGCCCCUGGCCCUGGAGGCAUUUGCCCUUUUAGCUUUCUAGUGCUGGAGGCUGCAAAUGGGAGAAGACCAUGGUCAGCUCUUGUUCACUUAUGAAGAGCAGGUCUGAUCCUGCCUCAAGCAGAGGUUGGACUAGAUGUGACCCCGGGAGGUCCUUGCCAACCCCACAACUCUGUGACUUCUCUGCCUUGGUGUGAAACAGGAGACUGGUCUGCAGCAGCAUGGACAUUCGGAACGACGCCUCACAGCUGCGGAAGCUGGAGAACUGCACCAUCGUGGAGGGCAACCUGCAGAUCCUGCUCAUGUUCACCACGGGUGCCGAGGACUUCCGGGGCCUGAGCUUCCCUCGCCUGGUCAUGGUCACCGAGUACCUGCUGCUUUUCCGCGUCUAUGGGCUGGAGAGUCUGCGUGACCUCUUCCCCAACCUCUCAGUCAUCCGCGGUACCAGCCUUUUCUUCAACUACGCCCUGGUCAUCUUCGAGAUGCCGCACCUGCGCGACAUCGGCCUCCACAGCCUCACCCACGUGCUGCGUGGCUCCGUGCGCAUUGAGCGCAACCAGGAGCUCUGCCACCUCUCCACCCUGGACUGGGGGCUGCUGCUGCCUGAGGCAGCCCUGGAGAACAACUACAUUGUGGGGAACAAGCUGGCCGAGGAGUGUGCCGAUGUCUGCCCUGGCAUCCUGGACGUGGAGAAGCCCUGCGCCCAGACCAGUGUCCACGGGCAGCUGGACUAUCGCUGCUGGACCUCCAGUUACUGCCAGAGGGUGUGCCCGUGCGGGGCCGGCGGGGCCUGCACCGUGGCUGGGGAGUGCUGCCAUGAGGAGUGCCUGGGGGGCUGCAGCCGGGCGCGGGACAGCGGGGCCUGCGUGGCCUGCCGCCACUUCCGCUUCCAGGGACGCUGCCUGCCCGCCUGCCCGGCCCGCACCUACCAGUACGAGGGCUGGCGCUGUGUGACGGCUGAGUACUGCGCCAGCCUGCGCAAGGUCUCCGAGAACCCGCGUGACGCCUCCAAGUUCGUGAUCCACCAGCACCAGUGCCUCUCCGAGUGCCCGCCUGGCUACAGCCGCAACGAGAGCAGCAUCUUCUGCCACAGGUGCGAGGGGCUGUGCCCCAAGGAGUGCAAGGUGGGCACCAAGACCAUCGACUCCACGCGGGCGGCACAGGAGCUGGCAGGCUGCACCCUCCUUGAGGGCAGCCUCAUCCUCAACAUCCGCCGGGGCUACAACCUGGCCUCCGAGCUGCAGAGCAGCCUGGGGCUCAUCGAGACCAUCACGGGCUUCCUGAAGAUCAAGCACUCCUUCGCCCUCGUCUCCUUGUCCUUCUUCAAGAACCUCAAGCUCAUCCGCGGGGACUCCAUGGUGGAUGGGAAUUACACCCUGUACGUGCUGGACAACCAGAACCUGCAGCAGUUGUGGGACUGGGGCCACCACAUGCUCUCCAUCCCCGUGGGCAAGAUGUACUUCGCCUUCAACCCCAAGCUCUGCCUGGCCGAGAUCUACCGCAUGGAGGAGGUCACAGGCACUAAGGGUCGGCAGAACAAGGCUGAGAUCAACCCCCGCACCAAUGGGGACCGCGCCAGCUGCAAGACCCAGCGGCUGCGCUUCGUCUCCAACAUCACUGAGUCCGACCGCAUCUUCCUGCAGUGGGAGCGGUACCGCCCCCCUGAGUACCGCGACCUGCUCAGCUUCAUCGUCUACUACAAGGAGUCGCCCUUCCAGAACGUGACGGAGUACGUGGGCCAAGACGCCUGUGGGGCUCACAGCUGGAAUGUGGUGGAUGUAGAGCUGCCCCUGCACAGCGACCAGGACCCUGGCGUGGCGCUGCUGGGCCUGAAGCCCUGGACGCAGUAUGCCCUCUUCGUCCGUGCCAUCCCCCUCACCACGGCGGAGGAAGGCCGCAACUAUGGGGCACAGAGCGAGGUGGUCUACAUCCGCACCCUGCCAGCAGCCCCGACGGUGCCGAGGGAUGUCAUCUCCAUGUCCAACUCCUCGUCCCACAUCAUCGUGCGCUGGAAGCCGCCCACGCAGCGCAACGGGAACAUCACCUACUACCUGGUGCUGUGGCAGCAGUUGGCGGAGGAUGCCGACCUCUACGUCAACGACUACUGCCACAAAGGCCUGAAGCUGCCAACCAGCAGUGCGGACACUCGCUUUGACGUGGAGGGCAGCGAGGGCCCCGAGGGCGAGGAGGCGGCCGAGGAGCGGUGCUGUCCCUGCCACCCGGCCGACGGGCAGCUGCACAUGGGCGGCGAGGCCGUCUCCUUCCAAAAGAAGUUUGAGAACUUCCUGCACAACUCGAUCAUCAUCCCCAGACCCCCCUGGAAGGUGACAUCGGUGAACAAGAACCCGCAGAGGACCCCCAAGAGGCGUCGGGACAUCUUGGCCGUGACCAGCCCUGGCCACGCACUGCCCGAUGCACUCUCCUCGGAGCCCCGGGGGAAUCUGUCAGCCCCGCAACGCGGGGGCGUGAGCCCCAAGGCCGAGCCUGACUUCCAGAUCUUCGAGGACAAGGUGCUGCGGGACCGGACGGUGCUGUCUCAGCUGCGCCACUUCACCGAGUACCGCAUUGACAUCCAUGCCUGCAACCACGCUGCCCACACCGUGGGCUGCAGCGCCGCCACCUUCGUCUUCGCCAGGACCAUGCCCAAGCUGGAAGCAGACAACAUCCCUGGGAAUGUCACCUGGGAGCCAGCCAGCAAGAACAGCGUCCUGCUGCGCUGGGAGCAGCCGCACAACCCCAAUGGGCUCAUCCUCAAGUAUGAGAUCAAGUACAGCCGGGAGACCGAGAACGUAUCCACAGUGGUGUGCGUCUCCCGCCACCGUUAUGCAAAAUACGGCGGUGUCCACCUUGCCCUGCUUCAGCCAGGGAACUACUCAGCCAAGGUCCGGGCCACCUCACUGGCUGGAAAUGGCUCCUGGACUGGCCUGGUCAAAUUUUACAUCCUGGGCCCAGUGGAGGAAGAGUCUGGAGGCAUCUACGUGCUGCUGACCGUCAUGCCCAUCCUGCUCAUGGUGCUCAUCACCUGCCUGGCUGUCUUUGUCUUCUUCUACAACAAGAAGAGGAACAGCGAUGGGUACCCCAGCGGCACACUGUAUGCCUCGGUCAACCCUGAGUACUUCAGCACCUCCAACAUGUAUGUCCCGGACGAGUGGGAAGUGUCACGGGACAAGAUCACGGUGAUCCGGGAGCUGGGGCAGGGCUCCUUCGGUAUGGUGUAUGAGGGCAUUGCCCGUGGCCUGGAGAAGGAGGGCGAGGAGACCCAGGUGGCCCUGAAGACCGUCAAUGAGCUGGCCACCAUGCGGGAGCGUAUCGAGUUCCUCAAUGAAGCCUCCGUCAUGAAGGCCUUCAAGUGCCACCACGUGGUCCGUCUCCUUGGCGUGGUGUCGCAGGGCCAGCCUGCCCUGGUCAUCAUGGAGCUGAUGACCCGUGGGGACCUGAAAAGCUACCUCCGGUCUCUCCGCCCUGACGCUGAGAACAACCCCGGGUUGCCGCCACCCUCACUGAAGACCAUGAUCCAGAUGGCGGGGGAGAUCGCCGACGGCAUGGCAUACCUGAAUGCCAAGAAGUUUGUGCACCGCGACCUCGCCGCACGCAACUGCAUGGUGUCCGAGGACUUCACCGUCAAGAUUGGAGAUUUUGGCAUGACCCGGGACAUCUAUGAGACGGACUAUUACCGCAAGGGUGGGAAGGGGCUGCUGCCCGUGCGCUGGAUGUCCCCCGAAGCCCUGAAGGAUGGGCUUUUCAACACCCACUCGGAUGUCUGGUCCUUCGGCGUGGUGCUGUGGGAGAUCGCCACGCUGGCCGAGCAGCCCUACCAGGGCAUGUCCAAUGAGCAGGUGCUGCACUUCGUCAUGGACAACGGCGUCCUCGAGCGGCCUGAGAACUGCCCUGAGAAGCUCCAUGAGCUGAUGCGCUGGUGCUGGCAGCAGAACCCGCGGCAGCGCCCAUCCUUCACACAGCUGCUGGGCCGCAUCCAGGACGACAUGAGCCCGGCCUUCCGGCGCCUCUCCUUCUUCUACAGCUCCGAGAACCAGCGCCGCGGCUCCGGCGAGGCCCCUGACACCGAGGCUGAUGCACUGCUGGUGGAGGAGACCCCCUGCUCCCCUAAGGACCCAAACCUGGGCCAGGGCCAGCCGGGAGACUGUUCGCACAUGAACGGGACAUCCUGCCUCUGAGAGCCCUGCCCGGCCCCUGGAGCUGCCCCCAUCCCCCCCAGAGGACUCUGGUGUCCCAGGGCUGCUCAGGAUCAGGGCUUUCCACCCUGGAGCACACCUGGGUCAGGAGCUGAUCUUCCCCCUCUCCCGCGGGGACAGUCCUGGCAGGCUGCGCAAGAGCUGGACUGCGGGGGCUCCAAGCUGGCUGUGCACCCAUGGACAUGCAUGCACAUGCAGACACAGGUCACCCCACACGUGCUCAAAUCACAGCUCCAGACUGUGUGCAGGGCCUCCCCAGGUGGGUGAUGGAGACGCUGGGACCCCCAUGCCUUGGCCCGUGCUGGGCCAGACACUGGGGAGGGGGUCUCCCCUCCUGCCUUGUUUCUUUCUCAGCUGUGUGGGGGCUCGGAGGUUUCCCCUCACACUGAGCUGGCUGCUUCCCUGGCAGGGACCCUGGGGCCGCGCUGCACCAACCUGAAGGGAUUUUCUGUGCUGGGGCUGCUGGAAGCUCCCUCCAGCACAGGCUGGUGGGGAUGGGGCUGGACGACCCCUGGUGCAGACCUUGCACCCCUGGGCAUUCAGCCAGAGCCUGGGCAGGGAGCUGGGCACUGUGCUACCUGCCUCAGGCCUCCUGGACUUGAGUGGCAGUUUCCCAGCAGCAGUAGGCGGCUGUUACCCCAUGCAAGGGGAGGCUGCUCCAGAGCUGGGUGUUGCAGGGGGGUCACACACCAGACCCCUGCAACGGGCCAGUGGCUGGGGUCUUUGCAUGGCUGGGGUGGGGGCAGCAUCUCCAGCACGUGGCAACCAGGAUGGGGCUAGCGGAGCCACGGGGUGCAGCAGCUGGGCUGGCUCCUGCUUGCACCAGCCAUGCUUGCUCAUUCCCAUAUGGUUGCAUGGAGAUGGAGGGCAGGUGAGGGGGGUGGCACGCCGAACCGAGCCAUCCUCUCUGGACCGGGAAUUAGCCAUGCCCCCACAAACCUGGGGCCAGGGCUGGGUUGGGGGCUGCAUGGAGGGGUCUGUGGCCACUGGAGACCACGUGCAGGGGCAGCGCUGACUUGGCUCUGUCUUUCUGGUGCUGUUCAGUAAAGAAGAUGGGGCGUUGAGGCCCCAAGCAUAGCCAGCUCCUCCAUGUCUGCGUGUGCGCCUCAGCUUUCCCCCUCACCAAGAGACCGAGGGCAGGCCCCAAGGCAAGCGUGGGGUCCCAAACCUCCCCCUGCUUCCAGGAUGUUGCUGAGGACCAUUUGUGGGAGCUCAGGCAGAGAACUGCCCUGCUUGUGGCAUGUCAGGGAAGCUCCCAGGGCUGCAGCUCCUGUUUCUCUGGAGCCGAGUGUGACCUGCCACCCCGUCGUGCCCUGGCCCCGGGCACCAAACACCUCAGCAGCCCCAUUAACCACGCACUUUGGAGCCUGGGACCUUCUCACGUGGUUAAUGAGUAACCCCUGGACCCACGUCCGUGACCCCCUGCACGCCCCAGAGGGCAGAAGCAGAAGCGGGGCUAGGGGGUGACAUGGUGGGGGUGGGAAUUAAUGAGUGCCGGGCAGGAAGGAUUAACCCCAGAGGGGCACCAGGCUGGAAGGCAAAGCAGGGCAGGGCUGAGGUUCCCCUGUGUUUCCAGGACCCCCCGCCCCAGCUUUGUAAACCCCCACCAGCAUUCCCCCAGCAGCCCCUAACUGGGCAGAGGCCCAGCCCCUGGGUUGUGUUGGCUGCUGGGAUACAAAGGGUUAAUGGCCAGAGGGUUUUGCAUUUGGUGGGGG